UUCAAUUUCCACCGUGUAUGUGCACUGUAAACAAUUGUUUCAUUUAUUUCGAGAUUUUCUAUCUCUCUCUGAUUCCUAAAAGAAAACUGAAGGGUCUUGGGCGGUGGUUUCGUUCAAAGAUGUCCGAGCAAAUCUACCUUUCUAAUCUUUCUCGAGGUAGGACGCUUAAGUACGUUCGGGUGAAGAUUCUGAGUCUUUGGAGGGUUCGCAUCUAUGGAUUUAGGUGUAAAACAGAAAUGCUUCUUGCCGACGAGCAGGGGACAAAAAUUGAGGGUACAAUCGGUUGUGGUCCUUUCCAUAACGUUGAUAUGAGGGAGUUAAGGGAAGAUGCGUGGUAUACUAUUUCUGACUUUGUUGUUUCUGUUCCGAUCCGGAGGACCCCGAACACACUUCACCCUUUCCAUAUCAAGUUCCACAGUGAUACAAAGAUGACAUUGAUUUAUGAUCUCUACUCGCCCAAUUUUUCUGAGUUUGCAAAAUAUUCUGUCAUUAAGAGGAGGCUUUUGGAGGCAAAUCGUCCCUUUGGUGUGUCACAUUCUUUUUAUUAGCUAAUCUCAUUUUUGGUUUCUAUUAUUGUUUGAAGUAUCUUUAGUUUUUUAU